GGUARCGUUGAAGCAACAUGGCGGAAGACGAGGUGGCCAAGCUGCAGAAGCACCUGGCCCUGCUGAGGCAGGAGUACGUGAAGAUGCAGCAGAAGCUGGCCGACACGGAGCGGCGCUGCGCCGUGCUGGCCGCUCAGACCGCCGGUCCUACGAGCUCUGCAGCUGCAGACACCUUCGUUAGCCGGCUGCUGGACUUUGUGGCUAACCUCUACCAACAAAACCACUACAGUGAUCUGAAAGUAAAAGUUGCAGGGGAACAAUAUUUUGCCCAUAAGUUUGUGCUGGCUGCUCGCAGUGACGUCUGGAGUCUGACCAACCUCGCCUCAACCUCKGAGCUGGACCUGACUGACUGCAGACCUGAAGUAGCCAUGGCCAUGCUGCGCUGGGCCUACACAGACGAGCUGGAGCUCAGUGAGGAUGACGCGUUUCUCAUCGACCUGAUGAAGCUCGCCAACCGCUUCCAGCUGCAGCUGCUCCGAGAGAGGUGUGAAAAAGGUGUGAUGUCAUCGGUGAAUGUUAGGAACUGCAUUCGAUUCUACCAAACGGCUGAGGAGCUGAAUGCCUCCACCUUAAUGAACUACUGUGGAGAGAUCAUAGCCAGUCACUGGGAUGAUCUACGGAAAGAAGAUUUCAGUACCAUGAGUGCCCAGCUUCUGUACAAGAUGAUCAAAUCUAAAACAGAAUAUCCUCUUCAUAAAGCCAUCAAAGUGGAGCGUGAAGAUGUGGUCUUUUUGUAUCUCAUUGAGAUGGAUUCACAGUUACCAGGCAAGUUAAACGAACUGGACAAUAACGGUGACCUUGCACUGGACCUGGCGCUGUGCCGUAAACUAGAAGGUAUCGCCACCACUYUGGUGAACAACAAAGCUGAUGUGGACAUGGUGGACCAGAGUGGCUGGAGCCUCCUGCAUAAAGCCAUCCAAAGAGGCUGGACCUGGAACUAAAAGACCAUGAAGGUAGCACCGCUCUGUGGCUAGCUCUGCAGCACAUCACCAUAUCUUCAGACCCCUCAGUAAACCCGUUUGAAGACGAUGUACCAGUUGUGAAUGGCACCUCGUUUGACGAGAACGGCUUCGCAGCCCAGCUCAUUAACAGAGGAAGCAACCCUGAUGCCCCUGACACUGCUGCAGAAAACUGCCUCAUGCAAAGAGCAGCUCUGGCAGGCAACGAGGCAGCUGCUCUUUUCUUAGCAACUCAUGGAGCAAAGGCCAACCAUGUUAACAAAUGGGGUGAGAGCCCUCUUCAUACUGCRUGUCGCUGUGGCCUGGCCAGCCUGACAGCAGAGCUUCUCCAGCAGGGGGCCAACCCCAACCUUCAGACUCAGAAGGCUCUGCCAGAUGACGUCCACGGUGUGGCUCUGCAGACUCCGCUCCACAUGGCCAUCGCUCACAACCACCCUGAUGUUGUUUCUGUUAUCUUGGAGCAAAAAGCCAAUGCACUUCAUGCCAUCAACAAUUUGCAGAUCAUUCCAGACUUCAGUCUGAAAGACUCGAUGGACCAGACGGUCCUGGGUUUGGCCCUGUGGACAGGUAUGCACACCAUAGCAGCUCAGCUACUGGGAUCAGGAGCGUCUAUCAAUGACACUAUGUCCAACGGACAGACCCUUCUGCACAUGGCCAUCCAAAGACAGGACAGCAAGAGUGCACUUUUUCUGCUCGAACACCAGGCAGACAUCAAUGUCAGAACCCAGGAAGGACAAACAGCACUACAGUUGGCCAUAAGUAACCAGCUGCCACUGGUGGUAGAUGCCAUUUGCACACGAGGGGCUGAUAUGUCAGUGAUGGAUGACAAAGGGGACCCUCCACUGUGGCUGGCCCUUGAGAAUGGUCUGGAAGAUAUUGCAUCAACAUUGGUCCGACAUGGAUGUGAUGCCACCUGUUGGAGCGUGGGACCCUCUGGCUGCCUGCAGACCCUCCUGCACCGAGCUGUGGAUGAGAACAAUGAGGUCUCUGCCUGCUUCCUCAUUCGCAGUGGCUGUGAUGUGAACAGCUCCAGACGGCCUGGUCCGGAUGGGGAAGGAGAUGAAGAAGCCCGAGAUGGACAAACACCCCUUCAUCUGGCCAGCAGCUGGGGGCUGGAGGAGGUGGUGCAGUGCCUUCUAGAGUUUGGAGCUAAUGUUAAUGCACAGGAUGCAGAAGGCAGAGCUCCCAUUCACGCUGCCAUUAGCAACCAGCACAACGUCAUCAUCCAGCUGCUCAUUUCUCAUCCAGACAUCCGACUCAAUGUUCGCGAUYGCCAAGGAAUGACUCCGUUUGCCUGUGCUAUGACGCACAAAAACAAUAAGGCUGCAGAAGCUAUCCUGAAGAGGGAGCCAGGUGCUGCUGAACAGGUUGACAACAAAGGGAGGAACUUCCUCCAUGUGGCUGUUCAAAACUCAGAUAUUGAAAGUGUCCUGUUCCUCAUCAGUGUCCAAGCUAAUGUGAACUCCAGGGUUCAGGAUUCAGCCAAACUCACUCCGCUGCAUCUGGCAGUUCAGGCCGGCUCUGAGAUCAUCGUCCGCAACCUGUUGCUUGCUGGAGCCAAAGUAAACGAGCUGACCAAACACAGACAGACAGCUCUACACCUGGCAGCGCAGCAGGACCUGGCCACUAUUUGUUCUGUCUUGUUGGAAAAUGGCAUCGAUUUUGCUGCUGAGGAUGAGAAUGGCAAUAAUGCUCUGCAUCUGGCUGUGAUGCAGGGCCGCCUUAACAAUGUCAGAAGCCUUCUGACCGAGUCCAACAUUGAUGCUGAAGCCUUCAAUCUCAGGGGUCAGUCACCAAUGCAUGUAUUAGGUCAGUAUGGCAAAGAAAACGCAGCGGCCAUUUUUGAGCUGUUCCUGGAGUGCAUGCCUGAAUAUCCUCUGGACAAACCAGACAACGAAGGGAACACUGUUCUGCUCCUGGCCUACAUGAAAGGAAAUGCCAACCUGUGCCGUGCCAUCGUGAGGGCCGGUGCUCGACUGGGAGUCACCAACAAUCAGGGCAUCAACAUCUUCAACUAUCAAGUCGCAACCAAACAGUUGCUCUUCCGCCUUUUAGAUAUGCUGACCAAAGAGCCCCCUUGGUGUGACGGGUCCAACUGCUUCGAAUGUGCUGCAAAGUUUGGUGUUACAACGCGGAAGCAUCACUGCCGUCAUUGUGGGCGCCUGCUGUGCCACAAGUGCUCUCUAAAGGAGAUGCCCAUCAUCAAGUUUGAUUUGAACAAGCCUGUGAGGGUGUGUGAAAUCUGCUUUGAUGUUCUAACUCUGGGCGGGGUGUCUUAACGCUGCAGCAGCAUGGUUCCCRUCCUCCUGCUGGAGGCCCGACGUGGCACAACUUUCCAGGAUCAUCUGAAGAGAGGAGAUGCAGCAGGAACUCUUUAUACUAUUCCUAUGAAAAACUAUUAAUCUUCUAGAGACGAUUCAGAUAGAAAGUGAACCGUUGUCUUUUUGGUUUCGAUUAAACAUCUUCUGUCAGAUGUAAGCAGCAGUGAUGCAGGAGGAGGUGUGUGUUUCUGAAGAUCACUGAUCUUUGUGAAGACUGGCUCCUGUUAUCAUGRGCAGGAACCAAGUGUAAUAUUUCAGUCCAACUUUGUCACCUGUAGGGUUUAAUUUUGYCCAUGUUCAUCCAUCAUCCACAGAGUUCACUGACAUUUCUGACAAUAAUUWCUGCAUAUCAAACAUUACAUUUCUGUCAGCCCUGCUGGAAUGGGAAAAUGUUUUUUUGAUAACUUGACACAGUUAACACUAUUAUUCACACUUCUGUUGUGGCUCCAUGAAACUGGUUUGACGUGAUGGAUUUCAAUGAAAUUCAACUAAAACCCAACAMAGCUUGACUUGGUUUAAUAAUUCUAAGAUUACAUUAAUUUAAGGGAAAUAGGAGACAUUUAGAAAGUGGUUAUUUGGGUAUAACUUUCUGUGUAGUUCUGUAAAUGAAAUGAAAUGUGACCCUGGAGCCUCAUUGAUCAGGAAAAACCACCGAACAAAUUCAGUCGUCCGUUACAGAAAUGCCUCUUCUGCCUAUGCAUCUUGUAGCCUUUAUGUUGACCAAUCAUAAUCCAUGUCCUUAAAAUGUUUCACUAAAUGACAUUCCAUGCCCUGAACCUUUGCUGGGUCUGAUCAUGAACCCCUCCUGUUAACACUUCUCGUUUCCUGAGCCGAACAGGUGCACUUUAUGGCGAUCACGUGACAUUUCUGGUUAGUGGUGAGAAUGUGGACUGAAGCAGAGGGGCGGGGCUUCUUUAAGUAUUGUUAAAUUGUACAGAUAAGUGUGAUAUUUUUGACCACUACAACAGUUUUGUACUUUAAUGCAGUUUGUGCUUGUCRUUGUGACAAACCUAAAUCUCGGCUCUGUUAAUCUUUUAUGCACAUUGUUURAUCUUUUAUGCACACUGUAUUGUAUCUGUAUGCUCAGAUAUCUAGUCGGUCUCUUCCUGGUGUGUUCUUUUAGAAGCAGGGAGGACAACUUUACAUAAAGCUCAUGGAAAAACAAA